AGGGCCCAAGAAGAGAAAUCCCAAUUCAUUGCAGAAUCAUCAACCAACCAAUAAUCAACGAAACUAAAGUUAACUCCGAUCAAUUCUCCAGCACCGGCCACAACGUUCCACCGCACCUGUUAAACCCGAUACUCAUAAUGGAAUCGGAUUCUCCAAGAUCCGAAACCCAAACGGACCCUCUCAUCAACCCCUUAGACGAACUCUGCCACGAUCUCCACUCUCUCCAAGACCUAGCCAACCGCGGCGCGUGGCGUUCAAUCAUCGACAAAGUCGCACGCGCCAGAGCCCUCUCUCUUCUCCAAAAGCCUCACGAUCAUCUCACAUACCUCGCUUUCAACGCACUCGCAUUCACAAAACUACGUCGUUUCAAUGAAGCUUCUUCAGAACUCGAUUCUGUUGAAGAUCUCGAUAGUUCCCAUUACCGUUACGAAACCUACCCCAAAGUCUACCCUAACCGUGUUGGAUCCAUGGUUCCUUUCUCACUUCGAUGGCUUCAUGCGUUAAUUCCGAUCAAAUUAGGGCAACGUCAACAAGGAAUUGAUCGAUUGUAUAAUCUUCUAGAUUUCGUGAGGGAGAAGAUUAGGAUUAAGGAAGAUGAUAAUUUAAGUGCUUCUGUUCGUGUAUGGCGAAAAAGAGAGGUUUUUGUUGUGAAUUGUAUAAUUGGGCACCAUUUGAGUCAUAAGGAAUUUGGAGUGUGUUUGAGUUUGAUAAAAACACUAAUUUCGCGUGAUCCUGAAGAUCCAUUUUUGAUUUCGCAACUUGGGUAUAUUCAAUUGCAAACUGGUGACUUAGAAGGAGCGAAAGAUUCGUUUUUGAAAGCUGAAGGUGAUGGGAAGAAUCAUGGGUCGUUGAGUGAGGUUGAGUUUAAAAACCUCGCGAAUAGAAACAAGGCUUUGAUUUAUAUGGUUGGGAAGGAUUAUGUAUCUGCUGUGAGGGAGUAUGAUGUGUGCAUUGAGAGGGAUCAUAGUGACAUAGUUGCUUUUAAUAAUAAAGCUCUUUGUUUGAUGUAUUUGAGGGAUUUGUCCGAUUCGAUCAAGGUGUUGGAAAAUGCUCUUGAAAGGGUUCCUACUGUUGCUCUCAAUGAGACUAUUGUUGUGAAUUUGUGUAGUAUGUAUGAGUUGGCUUAUGUUAAUCAUUCUGAUAUUAAGAGAACGCUUAGUAGUUGGAUUGCUCGUGUGGCUCCUGAUGAUUUUGAUUCAACUUGUACUCGUACAUGAUGAGAAAAGGUGGUUUCUGUUACUUUCUUUUUGGUUUCAUAUUUAAUUUUGUGUUGCCUGCAAUUGGCAUGCUUGUAAUGUAUGGUGAUUUUUGUUUAUUGAUCCAUUAAUAGGAUGCUACAUUUUCAUAAGUGAGUUCAAUAAAUUAUAAGCUCAAAGUUUACUUCUUCUUUU